AUGUGUAAACCAUGCUAUAAAAAUUGUUUCCCGGAUUACCUCAGCGAUUCGCAAUAAGAAAUAAACAUGGAGGUCUUAUGGUAAACUAAUGCUUUACAAAAACAUUCAAAAAUAAUGUUAUUAAAAUGGCUCGUUAAAAUUUAACUUAUGUAAAAUAUUUUUGCUAUGGGAAAACAGUUUCCUAACGAAAAUGGGAAAUCUAAUCAUCACGAAGAACAAGCUGAUUUUUACGUGUUACUUGGCAUAGAGAGAGAUGCUACACCAGAUCAAAUUAAGAAAGCUUAUCGGAAGAUGGCUUUAAAGCAUCACCCAGACAAAAAUCGAGAUGAUCCAGAAGCAACAGAAAAAUUCAAAGCAAUCAAUCAUGCUCAUGCUAUUCUCUCAGAUCCAAACAAAAAAGAAAUCUAUGAUAGAUAUGGAACAAUGGGCUUAUAUAUAGCUGAACAGUUUGGUGAAGAGAAUGUGAAAACUUACUUCCUUCUAAGUAGUGGCUGGUGCAAGGGGCUAAUGAUAUUUUGCGGAAUAAUUACUGGUUGUUAUUUUUGCUGUUGUUGUUUUUGUUUUUGCUGCAAUUUUUGUUGUGGAAAGUACAAACAAGAUGCUGAAGAGGAACCUCCUGCAUAUGAUGAUAUUAGCCAAUCAGAAGACAGUAAGUCGGAGGGGGGAGUAAUAACCGAAGAGCCCAAGAAAGAUAAACAAUCUUUUGAAGGAAUGACUUUUGAAAAAUGUCCUACUAGUUAUGAAAGCAAUGGUUCAACAAAUGUGAUAACAGAACAGCCUACGUCUAAUGAAUCAACUAAAAAACCUAUACCAAUGCCUCCUCCGUAGUUUGGCUUAUCUACAUCAGAAAGCAUGUGCUAAAAUAUGCAGAAGGAAUGUCACAAAGUUUUCUUCUAGAUGAUGUAAAAGAAAUCUUUAGCUAGCGACUUUAAACUUUUUUUUAUAUCCUAAAUAAUAUAAGCACCUUUAAGUAAUGGUACUUCUUAAUGCUGACACUUCUAAAUAAUCUCAACACUUUAAAAAUUCUAAAUAUUGACACCUCAUUAAAGGUGUCAAUAUUAUUAAAAAUAUCUGCAAAAUUUAAAUAGUCACUCUUUUUAAGGUUUAAUCCUUACUGAAUAAAAUUGUUGCAGAUCUUAAGUUUCAGUAAACUACGAAUAAUUAUAUUUUUGAAAAUGGACAAAUUGUAUUUAUUCACAAAUAUUGUUCUGUAUCUUUUUUAAAUAUAUUUUAUAUUUCUAAUGAAUUGCUACAAUUAAAAAGUACGGGCUAUAGAUUUUGUUAUUUUUUCACGGAGAAAAAUUUUAUUUGGUACAGCAAACUAUUAAUUGCUUAAUUUCUAUGUAAUUUUGUUAUGUUUUUGUUAAUAAUGAAUAAAAUAAAUAGGUGUAUUUGUGAAAAAA